AUGAGCUCCCCGCCCGGCCAUACCCCUCUGGAUGGCCAUGACGCUGAUGGCUCCUUCCCCAUUCCCUACCACCAGGACGCCAAUCAAGACCAUGAGGACUCGUUCUUGACUGCUGACGAGACCGUGAGCCGUUCCGCCAGCCCCUCUGCCUCGAUCCCCGAUGACACUCCCUCCGUCCAAGGUUCUGUAGCUUCUUCGACACCCGUCCGCCGUCCUCGUCUGAAUCCGCGUGCCUCAACCAACACUCCUCGAACUCCUUCUGGUGCCCUACAACCAUUUGAGCGACGCUUCAGCUCGAGAUUCACAUCGCCCUCGCCUUCGCCGCGUGCUGCCUCUCCUGCCUUCCUGUCCCCACACUCUCGCCAAUCCUCGCUUUCCUCUCAGAUUGUCUUGUCGCAAGGCGGUAGUGAUAUUGCAGAUGCCCCAGAUGCUCCUUGGGAAGUUGUACGAUGGACAAGAUUACGGAAGAUCACAUCGCAGGCUUUCUCAGAAGCUGGCAGACGCAAUUUUGGUACUCCCAUCUGUUUGGCUGUCUCGUCGUCUAUCACAAUUGGCACGUCCAAAGGUCUGAUCCUGGUCUUCGACUAUCACCAGACUCUCAAGGGCAUCAUCGGGCAGGGUACAAAAGCGAUCGAGUGUGGCGCUGUCACCGCUCUCGCCAUCUCUGCCGACUACUCAGCAAUAGCCGCCGGCCAUGCCACAGGCCACAUCUUUACUUGGGAACUUGCCCAUCCUGCUAAGCCAUUUUUGCACAUUCCGCCCAUACCGAGGAAUGGUCAGCCGCACUCUCCAGAUGGUCACGUACCCGGUCGUUCAGUCCUACAUAUUGGCUUCCUUGGUACACGUCGUACUGCUCUCGUGUCUGCUGACGAUGGUGGUAUGGCCUUUUCUCACCUCGCAUCUCGUGGAAUGGGUGCCAUCUCUCGUUCUGUCAAAACUACCCGCUUGCUCGGACGCUACCCCACUCCUAACCUGCAAGAAGAAGCACGAAUAAAACCCAGUUCCGUGCUUGCUUUUGCGCCCCUUCCUCUGGGAAACGUCGAGCAGGCCACUGAUGCCAUGGGCCUCACAGCUCUACUAACGCCAUAUCUGCUGGUCAUCGUGUCCACCACUCCAGUUGCACAGACACAGCAUAAGGCUCCGAGACCAAAAUCAAUAUCACGCCACAGUGCAAUGAGUGGCUGUCUCGCUUGGUUCCCAGCCGUCAAGUUAAAAAGCAGCAAUAGUACGACCGAGCGGGACACUUCAGAAACCAAGCUCGUCUAUUGUUGGUCGAAUGUUUUGACAGUACUCGACGUUGAUGUCCAGGUAUCAUCAGAUCCAGCCGACAGAGACAAGCCUCCGAGCCUAUCCUUCCGGUCAAGGAGCAGCUGGGAGUGCGAAGAAGCUAUUGUUGCAGUCCAGUGGCUCAGUCGAUCAGUCAUCGGCGUGCUGACCAUUAGCCAGCAGAUGAUCAUCAUAGAAGAUGGUGAAUUACAUGUUAUGGACUCUGUGGAUCUUCUGCAUAGACAAAUACAUCACCGUGAUAUCUUCUCGAAGCAGCUGCAUCCUGUUGUCGAACAAGCCGACAACGAACAUUCAGAAAUGCAUGGGGUCGUUGCAGAUGCUUUCUAUCAAAGUUUCCGAGUUUACAAGAAUCGCCUCUUCCUUCUUGGAGCAAGCGAUCUUUCAGUUGGCACUCUGUCGAAUUGGGCCGAUAGACUGACUGCACUCAUCGAACAUGGCGACUACAUUGCGGCUAUACAGCUUGCCAGAGCAUACUAUACUGGACAGGCUGGUGGUGUUACAGUAGGCUUACCGGAUAACGCAGAGGCCCGUCAUGAACAGGUCAACGGAAGGUUACUUGAACUCAUGUCUGCGUCCAUCCUCUUCUCCUUCUCAGAGAAUAACCAAAGUGGACGACCGCUGUCAGAUCUCGUGGCGGAGUGUUUCGAUGCUUGCGUGAGCAUGAACAACCAAAGCUUCUUAUUUGAUGAUAUCUAUGAGCCACUGAGAGAUGCUGGUCAAAAAGAGGUGUUCCUCGAGAUUCUGCAAUCAUACAUCAUGGAUGAAGAGGUCACAGCUUUACCACCGAAUUUGGUGAAAGAUCUGGUAGAGAGCUGCGUUUCGAAAAAUCAAGUCGCGCACCUAGAAGAACUCUUGUGCCGGCUGGAUCCGCGCACAUUUGAUUUGGACCAGAUCACAACGCUUUGCAAGACACAUUACUUAUACGAUGCAUUAGCAUUUGUCUGGAAUGAGGCUUUGAACGACUAUGUAACUCCAUUGUCUGAUCUGUUGGCACUUCUGCGCGAUGUCAAAGACGUUCAAGACCAAGUGGAGGAAGCAGCGUUGGAGUCUGCUGUCAAAGUGUUCCCUUAUCUCGCAUUCAUCCUGACAGGAAGGAAGUACCCGCAAGGAGACUUCCUCGAUGACGAAAAAGCCGAUACUCAGAAGGGAAACAUCUACCGCUAUUUGUUUUCACACGAAAUCACCGGAUGGCCUCCAGGCUCUUCCUUCGUCCUGAAGACCAGAAAGGAUGCAUCAGAUGAGCCCGCCUUCCCUUACUUGCGACUUUUGCUCGAGUAUGACUCGGCAAGUUUCAUGAGCAUGAUGACGGAAGCUUUCGAAGAUCCCUAUCUCAAUGAUUCGCAAGAAGAUGAUACCACAUCUGCUCAACCACAAACUAACGGUGCCGGACUGAAAAUCACCCGACAGUAUAUCGUCAGUGUUCUACUCGAUAUCAUGUCAUCAGGCGAUUUCAUCCCCGAACAAACCAUUUAUCUCGACAUGUUCAUCGCGAGAAACUUGCCGAAGUAUCCUCAAUUUAUGGUUUUGUCGAGCUCAUCAUUACAUCAAGUCCUUGAUCGGCUCUGUAGCUUCCGCGAGGCCGACUUGGUUGACGACUGUCAGCUCAGUGCUGAAUACCUUCUAUCUGUAUAUCAUCCUACUGUCACGACUGCACUCAUCGAACAACUCCGCGAUGCUCAAUUUUACCGCGUGCUCAAGACAUUGUACAGAACCGAACACAGAUCUGUCGAUCUCAUCAACACAUACUUCGAAGAUCCGCAAGGAAAGAAUGGAAUCUUUGAUGACUUGACGUACGCUCUACAAGAGUCGCAUGGCAAGCAAACAAGCCAGCUAAAGGACGUUUUGUGUGAACACGCUCAAGAGUUGGCAUCUGUCAACACUUCGAAGACUGCGAACACACUUGCAAGAUAUGCCGACGACAUUCUAGAACGAUUCGUCGACGCUAUUGGGGAGUCGUACACUCGAUUCCACUUUCUACGUACUUUGCUCGAGCCUUCCCUGCUUGAUCAUCGGUCGAAGAAGGUUGCAAGCGAAUCCGUUGCAGAAGCUCUGGUGUCACGCUUCUGCGAACAGUAUGUCGAGCUUAUGUGUGUUCACGACCCUCGGCAUGUGGCUGACUAUAUCGGACUACUGAAGUCUGGUGAUCUGGACCUUGAGCGAGUGCUUCCCUCGAUGGAAGAGAAUGGUGUGAUCGAUGCAGCAGUCCUGCUCAUGGCUCAGGACGGGUUAGCAAGGGAUGCUAUAGAUCGACUCUGCAAACAUCUGAAGACAUUGCAAAAUGCGAUCUGCAGUCUGAUCGAAGCAGCGUCAGAGGCGCCAGACGUACAAAGUACUGAAGAGGCCACCGAUGACUUGAUAGAAGCCAUUGACAAGUACACGCGUCUAGGUAUCUGGCUCUGCAACGGACAAAGCGCAGAGAUGAACCAACACCGUCAACCACGCCAACGCACAAAUGUCGCCUGGGACAUCAAAGAGAAUGAUCUUGAGCUGGACGAGCUGCUCUGGCUAAAUCUCGUUGACGCCAUUGUAUCUGUCUCCAAGUCUGUAUCUGCAGUAACUAAUGAUCUUGCGGAUGACACCUCUUUCGACAUAGACAGAACCAACAAUGCUAUCCGCGGCACCGUCCAACAAACCUUUACAGCCCUCCUUGGCGCCACUUCAACCACAACCACCAAGUCUGAUCAUGAGGACGAGCACUAUACCACACCUCGUCGCGGCCAGCACAAUCAAUCCUUCCUCUACAUCUUCCGGGCCUUCCUCUCUCGCGCCUCUUCCUCCUACGCACCUACCCUCUCCGAUCUUCGCGCUGUCCUUCUCGACGUCUUUGCAGCCUACGCCCAUGAGUCUUCUGUUCUGAACCUGGCCUCUUCGCUCCUUGAUAUUGAUGUCUUUGCUGAUAUGGACAGCAUUCACACUUUACGCAACCGAGGCUGGCGUCCCCGUACGCAGAUCUGCGAGCUCUGCAAGAAGCGCACUUGGGGCACAGGUGUAGGUGCCGUAGAGAACGAUCACGAAGCCGUUUGGGAAGAGUUCGAAAGGCUGGAAGAGCAGAGAAUAGCCAAGAAGAUGCAGAAGAGCCGACCACAAGAUAACGGCAAAGGCAAAUCUGCGGUGAUAGGAGGAGGUGUGGUAGAAAGAAGCAAGGAAAGAGAAGAAGUGGCCAAGAAGAUGACGCUGGUGGUAUUUGCUUGUAGGCAUACUGUGCAUAGGGUUUGUCUCGAGAUGGAAAUGGCCGGAGAUGGCAGUGCGAGCGAGGAUGAAAGGAGUGGCUAUUCUUGUCCUCUGUGCCAUGAGCAGUAA